AUGGAAAACUUAAGCGGCACAGCCCUGACGAACGAACAAGCAGCGCACUGCGCCGAACCUCGCCCGUGGCUUCGCCUCUUGGGCCGAGGGCGCAGCACGCUUCAGGCCGUGCCGACUUCUCCACCAUUGCUACCUACACCAAGAAUGAAAUUCAACUCGUCGGGCGUCGGCCGCCUUCGCUCGACUAGCGAUCGAGCUGGCUCGCGACGUGAUCCGGCUCGGGCCGUCGACGCAUCAUCAUCGAAACCCGACGUGACUCCACACACCAGCGCCACCGCCGCUGACGCCACCGCCGAUGACGCCACCGCCGCUACCGUCGCCGCCGAGAUCGCUGCGACGCCCAUGCCUUCCUUCCUCGAUUCCAUCGAAUCGCAUUUCCUAGCCCUAUCGCAAGGCUCUCCCGAGGUCCUGGACGCGAUGUUCCGGUCCCUGUCGGGUGACGUCCCUCCUGCGCCGCGGGGCUCCCCGAGAGCGUUGCUUUAUUCCGACGCAAUUGCUUACGCAAUUGUAAGGAAGCAAGUAGCGUUCUCGGACGGCCUAAACGCGGCGGUCAGGGCGUACCUUGACAGGACCGAGACAGAGCUAAGGGCCGAGGGAUUGCUAAGCACUCCCCUAACGCAGGACGAGUCGGCAGUUGCCUACGGCAACAUUGCACGGUCGACCCCCCUGCGUCGCCCCCGACCGGAAUCCCCCUCCCCUCCUGCCCGCGACCCCAAGAGGCCGUGCCAGGACGCUACCAUCCCGUCCUUCCCGGAACCCCUCUCCCAGCGGGAUCCUCGGCUGCGACGAAGACUCGCGCUCCCCGUUCCGGAGCCCGCCGCGCCACCCGCGCCUGCCCCGCGCGCCGCACCUGUCGCGCCCGCUGCCGCGCUUGCCGCGCCUAUCGCCGCGCCUGCCGUACGCUCCGCGCACACUCCGAGCGCCGCGCCUACCUCGAGCGCCGAGCCCGCUACUACGAUCGACGCACCCCGGUCGUUCGCACAGCUCGCGGCCGCACCUGCCGCGGGCCGCCGCCCGGCAUCGCCGCUGCCACAGACGUCCACCGCUACCACCGCCGCUGCCGCUGCCACCCCGCGCUACCCGCCACUAAUUGUGGAGGUCCUGCCCGAGUGGACGACGCACUUCCGUGCCCUGAGGGACCGUCUCGGGCACGCGCCGAACGCGCGCCCCUUCGGCAGAGGGGUGCGCUUCUCACCAAAGUACGGGGAGGAGUACCGCACCGUGCAACGGUACCUGACGGAGCUCGAGAAGAACCAGAAGCGACCAGCCCGUAUUGACGGGUUGCGAACCGGACACCCCCCGCGAGCACUAGAAUGCGAAAGGGGAUCCCGACGGCCGCUUGCGCGGCCGGCGGAAGAAGACCCACUGGGAGGGCACCUUUUGAGAGACGGCGCUCUGAGAGCGAACGUCUAG